UGUCCCCCCCACAUACCUCCCCACUGAGUUUCCCACUCCCCCUCCUUUCCAGAGCGGAUUUUCUCUUCUCUCGUCCCCAAAUGUGAGAAGUGCCAGGGCCUGGUGAAACCUGACAUUGUGUUUUUCGGGGAGAGCCUCCCCUCACGCUUCUUCACCCUCCUGCAGUCGGACUUCCAGAAAGUUGACCUGCUCAUCAUCAUGGGCACCUCGCUGCAGGUGCAACCCUUCGCCUCACUCGUCAGCAGGGUCCCUGUCAACACCCCCAGACUCCUGAUCAACAAGGAGAAGACGGGACAGAGUGACCCCCUGAUGUCCCUGAUGGGCUUCGGCUGCGGGAUGGACUUUGAUUCGGAGAAGGCCUACAGGGAUGUGGCCUGGCUGGGGGACUGUGACAGCGGGUGCCUGGCUCUGGCCGAGCUGCUGGGCUGGAAGGAGGAGCUGGAGGAGCUGGUGAGGAGGGAACACGCUGCCAUCGACGCCGGGGGGGGCAACAAGGACCGGGAGGACCCUGAAAACCCUCGGGGGCACAAGGAAAGGGGGGACCCCAAACAGCAUCUGGGGCACAAGGAUGAGGCUCAGAGGGACCCUGAAAAGCCCCAGGGGGGCAGCGAGAAACCCCCCCAGAGGGAGGGGGACACACCCCAAAAAUAAAUGGUCUGAAAAGAG